UCUCCCCUUCUCAUCCCCCACACACUCUCGCUACCGUAUGUUGAUUCCGGUUCAUUUUUCCUGUGCCUGCAUUUACCUGUGUGUGCAAAUCGAAACGGGUGCUUAUUAAACUCCAGCACUCCCGUCCGUGCGUUGUUUGCGGGACGUCUUAGGGGUCAUUUUGCGUUUCGCCUUACUGCUUCCCGAUUGCCGCUUCCGCUGUAUUGUAACAGCACCCCUUGGCCCUCUUUCCGUGCGAUAUCAGCGAGUCGGCACUCACACACCGCGCCAUAACAGCAACAACAUGGAGGAACGCACCGGAACCGAGCGGAUCUAUGGCGGAUGCGAAGGACCGGACGCGAUGUACGUGAAGCUGAUCUCGUCCGACGGGCACGAGUUUAUCGUGAAGCGCGAGCACGCCCUUACCUCCGGCACGAUCAAGGCGAUGCUUUCCGGCCCGGGCCAGUUUGCCGAGAAUGAGGCGAACGAGGUCAACUUUAGAGAAAUACCCUCACACGUGCUCGAAAAGGUCUGCAUGUACUUCACGUACAAGGUGCGCUACACAAACAGCUCGACGGAAAUACCCGAGUUCCCAAUCGCACCGGAGAUUGCGCUCGAGCUCCUGAUGGCCGCCAACUUCCUCGACUGCUAGGGGGACCACGCGCGCGACCCGCUCUGUGGGUGUGAUACACUCUCUGGUUUUAGUUCUUUUUUUUCGGGUUUUCCAUCACCAUAUGCUGUUUUGGGUUUCCGUUUCCUUAUUUUUAUUUUAUUUUUUGUAUAAACCUAGGACCCUCCCCUCUCCUCCCUUUGCACUGAUUGGGCUGAUAAAACAAAACCAUAAAUAUACACAUUAAUGACAAACAUCCAAAUAGAAUUGUUACCCUUUCCCUAUCUAACUCUCUCUCUCUCUACACCAGUAAAGGCACCUUUGCAUAUGUGUUAAUAAGCCGCUUAAUUGAGGUUGAAAAUUCGUUCGUAUAAAAAAAACAAAUCUUAGCUUAAAGCUAACUAUUAGCCAACACAAUACGGAAUGUGAAUUUACUGCAAUUUAAUCUUCCCCUUUGACUCGGAGAAAGCCGCUCCUUCCAUCGUCUCGUUCUUCUGAAAUACUCCAAGCAGAAAGAUUUUUUCUUGUUGUGAAAGGGACAAGGAUACAUAUAGAAUAUUCGGUAGCCUGAAACACACCUGGAUAGACGCCUUAACGGGAGGUGGCUGAAGCUGUUGAUCAUCGGGUUGUUGUAUUGGUUCGAGCAAUAGUCAGCAGCAUAGUGUGAGAGCCAACAAGAAGAAGGUGCAAAUUACAGUUUUCCCACACCUAUAUAUGUGUGUGUGAGCGUGUAUAAAAUUAUCAGCUGGCAUUUUUCGUUUUUCCGUUUCUUUUGUAUUAUGUUAAUUUCUCUGCUCUAUACCAUAAUAACGAUUUAUACGAGUAAUAAGAAUAAAAAUGAGUUUGUCGAAGAAAUUUGAUAAAGGAA